GCACACUUGGAGAGAGCGACACUGUCAAGGCUUCCACAGAAGAUCCAAGUCUCAGCCAUGGGUGAAAAGCAGGAGAUAGAGGUGAUUCAUUCAUGGUCAGCUCCAAGGUCUCUCAGCACCUGCCUCAUGUACUCCUUUGCUCAGAGAGAUGAUACAGAAGUUCUCGAUGAACCGCUUUACGCAAAUUUCCUUCGGGUAACAGGUUUGGAGAGGCCCUACCGUGAUGAGCUUCUAUCCAAAACGGCUUCUGAUGGCAACAAAAUCGUAAAAGAGGUGAUUUUUGGUCCAGGUGAAAAGAAAUAUCGGUUCUGCAAGCAUAUUGCAAAACAACAUGUUCCUGGAUUGACAAAUGAUUUGAUGAAGAAAGGAAAGCAUUUCAUUCUGAUAAGGAAUCCCCUCGAUAUUUUGCCAUCAUUUGAUAAAGUUGUGCCACCAUCCAUUCUUGAGCUGGGUUUGGCAAACUUGGUCACCAUAUACAGUGAGCUCAGCGAACUUGGGAACCUCCCACCAGUCAUAGAUGCUGCAGACCUCCAACAAGAUCCUGAGGCUGCUCUACGUGGUCUUUGUGAUGAUUUGGAUAUUCCUUUCCAGGAAGCAAUGCUCAAAUGGGAAGCUGGUCCAAAGCCAAUGGAUGGGAUCUGGGCUCCUUGGUGGUAUAAAAGUGUACAUAAAUCAACUGGUUUUGCAUCAGCAAAAACUUAUCCAUUGCCUCUUCCAUCUUCACUGUAUGACUUACUGGAGCAAAAUCUGCCUUUUUACAACAUGCUUCGGCGCCAGGCUAGGCGGACAUCUGCCUAUUCUAAACCCUCCUUGCCUAUUCCUAGUCUUCCUGUUCGUGCCAAUGAGAAGAUACUUGUUUGGGUUGGUGAUGAGAUUGUGCCCCGUGACAGUGCAAAGGUUUCAGUAUUCGACUCGGUUGUCCAAGGCGGUGAUGCAGUGUGGGAGGGACUUCGGAUUUAUAGCGGCAAGGUUUUUAAACUUAAUGAGCAUUUGGAUAGGUUAUUUGACUCGGCAAAAGCUUUGGCUUUCAAAAAUGUUCCAACUCGUGAAGAGGUUAAGGAAGCCAUUUUCAAAACUCUAAUUUCAAAUGGCAUGUUUGACAACACACACGUCCGCCUCACUCUAACACGUGGAAAAAAGGUUACUUCUGGAAUGAGCCCAGCAUUAAAUCUUUAUGGAUGCACUUUAAUUGUGCUUGCUGAGUGGAAACCACCUGUUUAUGACAAUUUGAGUGGAAUAACUCUUGUAACUGCAACCACACGUCGGAAUUCACCAAAUAAUCUGGAUUCUAAAAUCCACCAUAACAAUCUCCUGAACAACAUACUUGCAAAGGUAGAAGGGAAUUUUGCAAAGGCAGAUGAUGCAAUCAUGCUAGACAAAGAUGGCUAUGUAUCAGAAACAAAUGCCACAAACAUUUUCUUAGUGAAGAAAGGUUCUGUGCUGACACCUCAUGCUGAUUACUGCCUUCCUGGAAUUACUCGGGCAACUGUAAUGGAGCUUGUGGUAAAAGAAAAUCUAGUCUUAGAGGAACGGAGAAUCAGUUUGUCUGAAUUCCAUACUGCAGAUGAGGUAUGGACUACAGGAACAAUGGGAGAAUUAAGUCCAGUUGUCCUGAUUGAUGGUCGUGUUAUUGGCAAUGGAGAAGUCGGGCCUGUGACUCGGAGAGUACAAAAUGCUUACAAAAAGAUGACAGCAGAGUUAGGGGAGCCUAUACCCACAUAUCCUAGGACCUGAGUCCUU